AUGUCAGACCCGGUUGCCGAUUUUUUGGCUCGCGAGCAAAAUAUGUUUGCCGAUUUUGACGGAGCACCGCCACAAGGUAAAAUUUUGCCAUUUUUUAGGGGAAAUUGAGUUUUUGGGUUGUUGGGACGCUUGGAAAACAUGCUUUUGAUGGUCCUGAAGCGAAAAUUUGUGAUUUUAAAAGUACUGAAUCGAUUUUUGAUGAUUUUGAAGGUCCUGGAGCCAUAAAAUCAUACAAUUUCGCUUCAGGACCUUGAAAAUCAUGAAAAUAUGCUCCAGAAGCUUGAAAAUCAUGAAAAUAUGCUCCAGAAGCUUGAAAAUCAUGAAAUUAUGCUCCAGAAGCUUGAAAAUCAUCAUUUUUCGGCUCCUGGAGCGAAUUUUUAUGAUUUUAAUGGUCCUGGAACGAAUUUUCAUCAGUUUUUCACUUCAGGAGCCAGAAAAUCGUGAAAAUUUGCUCCAGGAGCCAGAAAAUCAUGAAAAUUCGCCACAGAAGCCAGAAAAUCAUGAAAAUUUGCUCCAGAAGCUGGAAAAUCAUGAAAAUAUGAUCCAGAAGCUGAAAAAUCAUCAUUUUUUGGCUCCUGAAGCGAAUUUUUAUGAUUUUAAUGGUCCUGGAACGAAUUUUCAUGAGUUUUUCGCUCCAAGACCAAGAAAAUCAUGAAAAUAUGCUCCAGAAGCUGGAAAAUCAUGAAAAUAUGCUCCAGAAGCUUGACAAUCAUCAUUGUUAGGCUCCUGGAGCAAAUUUUCAUGAGUUUUUCGCUCCAGGACCUUGAAAAUCAUGAAAAUAGGCUCCGAGACCAAGAAAAUCAUGAAAAUGUGAUCGAGAAGCUGAAAAAUCAUCAUUUUUCGGCUCCUGGAGCGAAUUUUCAUGAGUUUUUCGCUCCAGGACCUUGAAAAUCAUGAAAUUUAGCUCCAGGAGCCGGAAAUUCAUAAAUUUUCGGCUCCUGGAGAGAAUUUUCAUGAUUUUAUAGGUCCUGAAGCGAAUUUUCCUGAGUUUUUCGCUUCAGGACCCGAGAAAUCAUGAAAAUAUGCUCCAGAAGCUUGACAAUCAUAAGAUUUCGCUCCAGGACCUCGAAAAUCAUGAAUUUAUGCUCCAGAAGCUUGAAAAUUAUCAUUUUUCGGCUCCUGGAGCGAAUUUUUAUGAUUUUAAUGGUCCUGAAUUGAAUUUUCAUAAUUUUUCGGCUCCUGGAGUGAAUUUUCAUCGGUUUUUCGCUCCAGGACCCGGGAAAUCAUAAAAAUAUGCUCCAGGAGCCAGAAAACCAUCAUUUUUCGGUCGCUGAAGCGAUUUUUUAUGAUUUUAAUGGUCCUGGAGUGAAUUUUCAUGAGUUUUUCGCUCCAGGAGCCAGAAAAUCAUGAAAAUAUGCUCCAGGACUCAAUUUUCCACUAAAAAUGCCUGAAAACCUGGAAAAUUCAUCAAAAAUCCUCAAAUCUUCACUGAAAAUCCUGAAAUUUCAGCAAAAAUCAAAUUUUCAGAAGCUCCAGCCGUUGCUCAAGAUCCAGUAGAUGAUCUCGCCGACGAUUUCGGCGAUCUUCAAGCGGCUGAAAAUCCAGCAGCAGCAGCGCCGGUUCAAAUCGCACCAAUCGAUUCGGGUGUAGAUCUAGACGGUCUGGUUGCGGAAGCGGACGCGGAAAACAACGCGCCAAUUUUGAACGGUGCAGCUCAAAACGGAACGGGCUCAAUCAGCUCCGGACCGUCGCCGGUUUUUCCGCGUAUCGAGGCGGAAAAAAUCCGCGUGUGGAAGGAGAAUCAACAACGCGUUUUGGAGCAAAAAGACGCGGCGGAAGAGAAGCGGAAAGAGGAAUUAAAGGCGCAGGCGAGAAAAGAGUUGGAUGAUUGGUAUAAGCAACGGGAGCAGACGUUGAAAUUGGCGCAUUCGGAGAAUUUGUGGGUUUUUUAGAUGGGAAAUUUGCUGAAAUUCGGAUUUUCAGGGUGAAAAUGACCUAAAUUUUGAGAUUUUUCAUGAAAAAUGAGCUAGAAAUCAUGUUUCCUGGCCAAAAAUCAUGUUUUUAGCUUGAAAAUCAAGUUUCCUGUCCAAAAAUCUUGUUUUCUGAACAAAAAUCAUGUUUUUUAGCUUGAAAAUCAAGUUUUCUGGCCAAAAUUCAUGUUUUCUAAACAAAAAUCAAGUUUUCUUGCCAAAUUUCACGUUCUUAGCUUGCAAAUGAGCUAAAUUUUGAGAUUUUUCAUGAAAAUUGAAUCAAAAUUCAGAUUUUUGAUGAAAAUUGAGCUAGAAAUCAAGUUUCCUGGACAAAAACAAGUUUUCUGGCCAAAAAUCUUGUUUUCUGUCCAAAAAUCUUGUUUCCUGGCCAAAAAUCUUGUUUUCUGGCUAAUUUUCAUGUUCUUAGCUUGAAAAUGACCUAAAACUUAUAAUUGUGAUGAAAAAUUACCCAAAAUGCACAUUUUUGAUGAAAAAUGAGCUAGAAAUCAAGUUUUCUGGACAAAAAUCAUGUUUUCUGGUCAGAAAUCAUGUUUUUAUCUUGAAAAUCAUGUUUUCUGGACAAAAAUCUUGUUUUCUGGCCAAAAUUCGAGUUUUCUGGCCAAAAUUCGAGUUUUCUGGACGAAAAUCAUGUUUUCUGAUGAAAAAUGAGCUAGAAAUCAAGUUUUCCGGACAAAAAUCAUGUUUUCUGGCCAAAUUUCAUGUUUUCUGGACAAAUUUCAUUUUUUUCUGGCCAGAAAACGUGUUUUCUGUCCAAAAAUCAUGUAUCCUGGUCAGAAAUCCAUGUUUUUUAUGAAAAAUGAGCUAGAAAUCAUGUUUUCUGGCCAAAAAUCUUGUUUCCUGGACAAAAAUGACCUGAAAUUCACAUUUUUCUGAAAAUUUUGAAUUUCUAGAUCAUUUUCAAGCCUUUUUCUGUAAUACUCAAAUUUUCCACGUUUUCGAAAUUGAAAAAUGAUUUUUCAAAUUCACAGAAAUCAAUUUUUGUAUUUGCCACGUCAUAAGUACACGUCAAAAUUGAUUUUUCAAAAUUUUUAUUGAUUUGGGAGCAUUUUCAAGCUCGUAACCUCAAUAUUACGGUCUUUGGGUCAUUUUUAAGCUCCUAAGGUAGAAAAAUUCGAUUUUUAAGCAACUUCUAAGUUCCUAAGGUCAAAAAUAUGCUUUUUAGGCAAUUUUUAAGCUCCUAAGCUCAAAAAUCCGAUUUUUAGGUCAUUUUUAAGCUCCUAAGCUCAUAAAACCGAGCUUUAGGGCAUUUUGAAGCUCCUAAGGUCAAUAUUAAGGUUCUAAGGCAAUUUUUAAGCUUCUAAGGUCAAAAAUAUGAUUUUUAGGUAAUUUUAAAGCUCCUAAGGUCGAAGUUAAGGGUCUAAGGCAGUUUUCAAGCUUCUAAGGUCAAAAAACCGAUUUUUUUAGAUUUCUAAUGCCACGUGGCAAAUUUGGACUCAAAAAAUCUCCAAAUUUUAUGAAAAAUUCAAAUUUCCCAUCAAAAUCCACCUAAAAUUCCAAAUUUUUGCAGAAAAAACGAGCAAUCCACCCAAGAAUUGUUCGCCAAACAACAAGACGGCGAGGCUCAAUGGGAAAGUGUCAACAAGCUUGUCGAGCAACAAAAAUCCAAGUCCGGACGCGAUUUGAGCCGACUGAAGACACUUUUGAGCGGAUUGAAGCAUUUGAGUCAGGCUUAGGUGAGAAAUUUGGGAAAAAUUGAAAAAUUCGGGAAAAAAUGACCUAAAAAUCAUGUUUUCUGGCCAAAAAUCAUGAUUUUUGAUGAAAAUGACCCGAAAUUUGAGUUUUUCAUGAAAAACGAGCUAAAAAUCAUGUUUUUGAUAAAAAAAAUUACCUGAAAUUCGAAUUUUUGUGCUGAAAAUGCUGGAAAUCGUGAUUUUCAGCAAAAACCAUGAAUUUCAGCAAUUUCCAACAUUUUCAGCGUUUUUAGCACAAAAUUUCAGUCUGGAAUCUUGGAAUUAGCCUAAGUUAGGCCUAAAAGUAGGCCAAGCCUAAACUAGGCCUAAAAAUCUCAAUUUUCAUCAUAAAAUUUGCCUUAAAGUACCUAAACCCAGCCUAAGUCUUACCAAGCCUAAACUAGGCCUAAAAGUACCUAAAAAUCUCAAUUUUCAUCAUAAAAUUUGCCUAAAAAGUACCUAACCCCCCCUAAGGCCUAUAAAGCCUAAACUAGGCCUAAAAAGCCCAAUUUUUCCAGAUUUCAUCUCUCAUCUCCCCAACAUUGCUCGCAUCAUAUUUUUCGUCCUAAAAUUAAUUUUUUUCCGAAAUUUUUUUUUGAAUUUCAACUUUUCGCGCCCCAUUUUCAUGUGUAUUAUAAUUUAGAAAUUUCACUUUUAUUUGUCUGA